AUGACGGAAAAGACGGAAAAGACGGAAAAGAGAAAUUUUCGGUUUGAAACUCUUCAAUUGCAGGCCAUACAUGAUACACCUGAUAUUACUACACGUGCAAGAGCUGUUCCAAUUUAUGCAACUACUUCGUUUACAUUUAAAAAUGUUGAACACGCCGCAAAUGUUUUUGGUGCUGUAUUUGAAGAGAGAAUGGCCGCGCUUGAAGGGGGAACUAACGCUAUUUUUACACCAUCUGGACAGGCUGCACAAUUUGUUGCCAUAUCAACGAUUUGCUCGGUGGGUGAUAAUAUCAUUUCAACAAAUUGUCUAUAUGGCGGAAUUUACAUUCAGUUUAAGGUUACACUUCCAAGAUUUGGGAUCAAUGUUAAAUUCGUUCAAGGUGAUGAUCCGGAAGAAUUCGCUAGAUUAAUAGAUAAUAAAACGAAAGCUAUAUAUCUUGAGUCUAUGGGAAAUCCAAAAUUAAAUAUUCCAGAUUUUGCAAUUUGUAAGAUUGCACAUGUUGCGGGAAUACCUGUUAUUAUUGAUAAUACCUUUGGUGCUGGUAAUGGUUAUCUUAUUAAGCCAAUUGAACAUGGUGCAGAUAUUGUUGUUCACGGUAGGUUUAUGAUUAACUCUUGAUUAAUCGUCAUUUUGGAAUAUCUAUUUGUUAAUCUUUAUGUCACUCGUUAGGCGCAACGAAAUG